AUGGCCACCUCACUCACUGACGCCGAGAAGGCCUUCCUGGGUAAAGACAAUGCAAAUUACCAGACACAUACCGUAGAGUUCAAAUGGGAGGAAUCGGAGCAGUGGCAGCACUACUACAGCAACUUCUUCCCGGCCCCGCCAGCCAGCAAACUACCCAAGUACAAGCGCGCAUGGUACAGACGCGUGGUGGACCCGAACUUACCGGCCGAUUCCACGGUAGGAGACGUCGACCCUCCAGCCACUAGCAAGAGCAGCUCAACAACCACCGCAGCCGAACCAGCAAAAGAGACGCCUAGAAGAACGUAUUUCACGAUGGAAAUGGCGAAGGAGGUGCUGGUGCGCCUCGAGCUCGCGGCGAGGCUAAUCUUUCUCGUGUCGACCUUCCUGCUGUGUGCGACACGCCUGACGAGGAUUCUGCCUGUUAGGCAUUUCAUGGUUAGUUGCCAGCGCAUACGCAGCGCAAAUGUGCCACAGCCCUUAAACACCGCGUCGACAAUGUCGUUCUUCCUCUUCCUGAUCUUCGCGAUUCUGAAGGACCAUGGGAAGCCGAAGCUCUCCAUGGAUUACGUGGCACGGGUCAUAGGGGACAGUAAUAUUCUCUACAUCGCCUUCGGAGCCGCCGUGUUCGCCGCGCCGAAGUCGCUGGUGAUUCUCGCCCCUCAGGUGGUUACAUGUCUCAUUGGACUGGACAAGUUGUACAAGAAUCACCACUCCUUGAUGCCCUUGAUACUGAAAGCCGACAUCUUUAGAAACUGUUUCAAGGUGCUGGACAACUACGUCGUCGAGAUGCACACGAUGCGCGCUAUUAUGGAGGUCGUUGUGCUCUUCCACAUGAUAUUCGGGCUUGUACUCGGGGGAUGGACGAUCAUCAACGUGCUGCUCUACUCUAACUUCAUCAAGUUGAAGCUGGCCAGAAACGACGUAUACCUGAUUUCAAUACUCCGCCAAGUACACGGUACGGCUUUUCAAGUGCAUGCCUCACGAUUUGCAGACGGAAUUGGUCGUCUGCUGGCACACCCGUCCCUGCCGCCGGUAAUGCGCAAUGUAUACCAGAAGGCAGUCGCGCUUCUCCAGAGAUUCUUCAUGCCGCGAAGGCCGUGA